AUGGAGAACGUUCAAUAUGGUACGUGGGCUGAGAUGUUCAAGGUCCAUGCUCGCUCUCACCGCGUCCUUCAUCAUAUUAUUGCACCGGAGACUCCUGCCGAUAAAGAAACCGAGGACAAGGAGCUGUGGGUCACCCUCGACGCCACGGUCCUUGGUUGGAUAUUUGCCACGAUAUCCGACGACCUUUUGAACACAAUCAUUGAGGAGGAAAUGACUGCUAUGGAGGCCUGGCGCCUCAAGAUGCUUUCGGACCAACUGAAAAACGUGGGUGCCCCGGUCUCCGAUAAUCGGCUGGUGUUGCAGAUGGUUCCGGGGUUGACGGAAGCCUACAUGCACGUCGGCUCCAACAUUCGACAAAGGAAGGUAUUACUGUCCUUUUAUGAGGCCCGUUCGAGCCUUUGUCUUGAAGAAAAGGGGCUGGCCGCCAUGUAUGCCACGGGCGGAGGUGGCGGCGGCUCCGCCAUGGUUGUUGCAUCAACGGAUUCCGAUGAGUAUUCGGAGGGCCGGAAUUCCGGCGGUGGGGGAAAGAAAUCCGGUGACGGCGGUGGUAACAGGUCUGGCCGCGGCGGCGGUGGUGGUAAGUUCGGUGGCGGUGGCGGUCGUAACUCUGGGGGUGGAAACCAGAACCGUGGGUAG